UCCACUAACUCUUGCUGGGGUGGGGGUUGCUCUUUCAGGGUGGAUCAUCGGUGGGAACGUAUCUUCGCCACACUCCAGACCCUACAUGGCUUACCUGGAGGUGAGCAUGGGCCCGGUGAAUACACAGACGUGCGGAGGGCUGUUGGUGAAGAAGGACUUUGUCCUGACGGCUGCUCACUGCAGCUGUAUUGCAGGCAACAUCACAGUCAUCCUCGGAGCCCACAAUGUCCACGAGCCGGAGGAAACCCAGCAGCGCCUGCGUGUGCGACGCAUCAUCCCCCACCCAGAAUUCACCAGGGACCCCUUCACCAACGACCUCUUGCUUCUGCAGCUGGAGAAGAAGGUGGAGGUGACGAAGGAGGUGAAGCUGCUCAGGUUGCCCUCGGCUCAUUCCACCCCGAAAGCAGAGGAGAAGUGCCUGGUAGCCGGAUGGGGUCUCACUAGCCCGAAUGCCUUUAUGCCCCCUAGUACCCUGCAUGAAGUGCAAGUGCAGGUGCUGGAUGAGGACACGUGCACCAUGUUUUAUCCUGGCUAUGAGCACGCCAGCAUGCUGUGUGCAGGGAGGCCCUUCCAGAGGGGAUCGGCUUACAUGGUCUAUGACAAGUUUCAUACAAACCCCACCUCCACCACUAAGAGUCUUGUGGAUACUUUGGCGGGGCUGGAGGUGGCGGACAGUGGACCUAACCUCAAGGACAAAGUCGUGUACAAGGAGGUGGAGUUCGAUGAUGACGCAGAGCCCAUGGCAGGGUUGUCCGGUGCGGCGGUGAGUCAGGAACUGUUCUCCAGUUCGGAGGUGUCUAUCCAGUCCCAGCAGCCCUACUCCAGCGAGGAAGAAGCAGGAGAGGAGACCCCUGACAUCAACAUCAAGCGACUGGACCGCUGA